AUGCUGCGGCCUGGACGAAAUACGGCAGCUCGCUGGCGCUCCAUCAAAUUAGCCCUCCAACGACCAGGAAUUCGUCGCCCUUUCCACGACAGCAGGCCACGACAUUUCCGCCCUGCAGUCCUUACGCGCAUCGACCAGAACCUCAUCCAGCCUCUGGGAAAUUGGGUGCUCUCCAUCGGUCCUCUCGGUUUGCUUCGCUGGAGUUUCGGCACCUUUCUCGCCCACCAUCUCUUCACCUCCUACUUCUUCUCCUAUAAUACCACCUGGGGCAUCAGCAUGCUGCCCACUCUCAACAGCGCGGGCGACGGCGUGCUGAUUUCCAAGUACUAUCGACGCGGCCGUGGAGUGCAGAUCGGCGACCUGGUCAGCUAUGUCCACCCGGCCGAUCGAGAAGUGCACGCAGUGAAGCGGGUGAUUGGCUUGGAAGGCGACUUUGUCACCAUGGGCCCUGCCUAUGUGGACGAUCACGACAAUCCAGUGGCGCUUGCGAAUGAGGGGAAGAUGAUACAGAUCCCGCCCGGUCAUUGCUGGGUGGUCGGUGACAAUCUCAAGCAUUCUCGCGACUCUCGCGGAUUUGGCCCUCUGCCACUGGCUUUGAUCCGUGGCAAGGUCAUUGCCAGAUGGGCCUCAUGGGUCAAUUGGGAAUGGCUCAAUAAUCCGCUCCAGGACGCGCGAGUCGACGAUUACGACGUUGAUUGA